AUCCAAAUCCGAAUUUCAUGAUGUUAUUCUUCAUCAAACCCAGAAUAAUUACAGCCCUUUUGCUCUUUCUCGUCGUCUCAAUCUCCCUGCAAACUUGUCAAGUCAAUUCCCAGUGCAGCAAAGGCUGUGACUUAGCUUUAGCCAGCUACAACGUCUGGCAAAACUUAAACCCAACCAUAAUCGCCCAACUUUUCAGCGUCCCAACUUCCACUCUGAUCACCUGGAACCCGGUCAGCAUCCCAGACAAGGAUACAGUCAUAGAAGGGACGAGAGUAAACAUCCCAUUUCCAUGUGACUGCAUCAAUGGGAAUUUGCUAGCUCAUGUCUUCAAUUGCAGUGUUUCAUCGGGGGAUACUUAUGAUAUAGUUGCGUCCCACUUUUACGCGAAUUUAACGAGUACCACUUGGUUGCGGAGGUUUAAUAGUUAUCCGGAGAAUAAUAUCCCAGAUGCUGGAGUUCUGAAUGUUACUGUGAAUUGUUCUUGCGGGAAUAAGGCGAUUUCCAAGGAUUAUGGGUUGUUCAUAACUUGGCCGAUAGAGGUUGGGGAUACUUUGGAGUCUGUAGCUUCUGCUAAUAAUUUGAGUGCUGAUUUGAUCAGCAGGUAUAAUCCAACGGCAAAUUUUACUGCUGGGAGUGGUCUGUUGUUCAUCCCUGCAAAAGGUAAGCUUUUACAAUUAGAUGUUAUCGAAUUGGGAUCAGGAUUGUCAGGUGGGGCUAUCUCUGGGAUAUCUCUUGCAGUAGUUGGAGUGUUGUUUUUUGCAGCUUGCGGGUAUCUUGUUGUUUACAGAAAGAGGAAGGCAGAGAAAAUAUCACUUAAAGAUCAAUUUGAGCAACCUGCUUCUGAUACUGCAGCUAAAGCUCCAGAGGCUGCUAAUGAUGCUAAAAGGGCUUCUCCAGGCCUUGGUGGAGUAGUUGUUGAGAGAUCUUUUGAGUUCUCGUAUGAAGAGCUUGCAAUAGCUACUAAAGGUUUCAGUUUGGCUAACAAGAUAGGCGAAGGCGGCUUUGGCUCUGUUUAUUAUGCUGAGCUUGGCGGCGAGAAAGCGGCAAUCAAGAAAAUGGACUUGAAAGCAAAAAGAGAAUUUGUUGCUGAACUUAGGGUUUUAACACAUGUACAUCAUCAGAACCUGGUGCGCUUAAUUGGAUAUUGUGUGAAGGGUUCCCUUUUUCUUGUAUAUGAGUACAUUGACAAUGGAAACUUGAGCCAGCAUCUUCGAGGAUCAGGGUGCGACACACUGUCAUGGUCAAGUAGGGUGCAGAUUGCAGUGGAUUCAGCAAGAGGUCUUGAGUACAUUCAUGAGCACACUAUUCCUGCCUACAUCCACCGUGACAUUAAAUCAGCAAACAUUUUGAUAGAUAAAGAUUUUCGUGCCAAGGUUGCAGAUUUUGGUUUAGCAAAAUUGGCUGAGGUCAGAGGUUUAUCUUUGCAAUCACAUCUUGUGGGUACGUUUGGCUACAUGGCCCCAGAGUAUGCCAAUUGUGGUACUGUUUCUCCUAAAGUCGAUGUCUAUGCCUUUGGUGUUAUGCUUUAUGAACUAAUUUCGGCUAAGGCAGCUGUAGUUGAUGGAUGCUCUACUACUGAUACUAAGGGCCUUGUUGGUUUGUUUGAACAAGUUCCAAUACUACCGGAUUCAAAUGAUGAUCUUCGCAAACUGGUUGACCCGAGACUUGGGGAUAAUUACCCAAUCGAAUCAGUCAGCAAGAUGUUUCAGCUAGCCAAACUUUGCACGCAUAAAAAACCUGAAUCAAGGCCGAGCAUGAGAUCUGUUGUCGUUGCGUUAAUGGCAUUAUCAUGCCCCAAAAAGGGUUCUAAGAUUUUUGUUCCUCAUUUAGAAACUGAGAUCUUGAAAUACGAGUAUUCUAUGAUCAAGUCUAUGGAAACUGAAGUUCUGGGAUCUGAGACUUUUACAGUUACAUCUGUGGAAUCUGAGGCUUAUACAAUAGAAGAAGGAAUUGAGGAUUAAAUGGUA